CUUCCUAAACAGCGUUACUCCCGGUGCUUAAGAAGGACGGGCGUUAGGCGAGCUGCAUGUAACCUGGGACCAGUUGAGAUCGUAAUUGUAGUCUAUGCACGUCAGUACCGCCAGCGGCCCUUGGACUGCCCAGCCUUCUUCAUAGCAACAGGUGGAUGAGCUGCAGAAGAAGAUGAACUUCUCGGAGGUCUUCAAGCACACCAACCAACUGUGUAGAGUCUCACCAGACGGGAAAUAUCUGGCCACCUGUGUCCAGUACAGGCUGGUGGUGCGAGACGUGAGCAGCUUGCAGAUCCUACACCUGUACACCUGCCUGGAUCAGGUCACCUGCAUGGAGUGGUCGUCUGACUCCCAGUUUAUCCUGUGCGCCAUGUACAAGAGGGCUCUGGUGCAGGUGUGGUCGCUGGAGCAGCCCGACUGGCACUGUAAGAUCGACGAGGGCUCGGCGGGGCUGGUCUCCUCGCGCUGGAGCCCCGACGGGCGUCACAUUCUCAACACCACUGAGUUCCACCUGCGGGUCACUGUCUGGUCCCUGUGCUCCAAGUCUGUGUCGUAUAUCAAGUACCCCAAGGCAUGUCAGAAGGGCCUGGACUUCAGCAGAGACGGGAGGUACGUGGCACUGGCCGAGCGGCGGGACUGCAAGGACCACGUCAGCGUGUUCGUCUGCGACGACUGGCAGCUGCUGCGGCAUUUUGAGACGGAUACUCAGGACCUGGCUGGAGUCGAGUGGUCGCCCAAUGGGUGUGUGCUAGCAGUUUGGGAUACUUGUCUAGAAUAUCGGGUGCUUCUGUAUUCCCUGGACGGACGAUCACUGUCUACCUACAGUGCCUAUGAAUGGUGCCUGGGCAUCAAGUCCAUCGCCUGGAGCCCCAGUAGCCAGUUCCUUUCCAUCGGUAGCUAUGACGAAAAGGUCCGGAUACUGAACCACAUCACUUGGAAAAAACUCAUUGAGUUUGAGCAUCCAGCUACUGUCAGUAAUUCAAAAUCAGUUGUUUACAAGGAAAUGGAAAGACGGCAUGUGGUUGGCAGUGCUGAUCUCGCCCUCCAUCACCAGGUUACCACGGGAAGUUCCCUGUUCAACACUCAGAGCAAGUACGAGAUCUGCCCGCUGCCAGUCCAGAUUCCUGUCGUCAAGCCGGAUCCCGAUCGGGCAAAUCCCAAAGUAGGGAUUUCCUCCAUGGCUUUCAGUGCCGACAGCCGCUACCUUGCGACCAAGAACGACAACAUGCCCUCCUGCGUAUGGGUGUGGGACAUCCAAAGGCUGCGUUUGCUGGCCGUCUUGGAGCAGACGGCACCUGUGCGCUGCUUCCAGUGGGACCCACGACGUCCCCGCCUGGCCCUGUGCACUGGCACCUCCAAGCUCUACGUUUGGUCGCCGGCUGGCUGCAUCUCAGUGCCGGUGCCUGUCGAAGGUAGUUUCCCGCUGCUCUCUCUCAGCUGGCACAGCAGCGGCGAAGCCCUUAUCCUGCUCAGCAAAGAGCAUCUGUGUCUGUGCUACAUGGAGACGGAGGCCGAGCGGGGGGAUGUAGCCGCCCGCUAGCGCGCAGCACAGUGAGUGCGCCAUCCGGGCCCCCGGCCAGGGCACCAGCACGCCUCUGCUCAGACGCUGCGCUCUACCUGCGCGGGGCGCAGGUUUACAUUUCAGACGGCACCGAUGGCCAAGACACCUUUUGAUACUCUCACAUUUCUUCUACCUGGAGGACUUUUAUACCAUUUACAGAAGAAAUUAAAGUAAUUUAUUCCAUGUGGUAUGAAUCGCUGUACAUAUUUUUAGGUAAGUGGAAAUGGCUUGACUUUGUAUAUCUAAAAAAAAAAAAAAUUUUGUAGGCCAAUAUUUUUCAAUAAACUUUGCUAUGACUGUU